UCCGGGUUAGAAGAGGAAGUGGAAGUGAUGAUCUUCCGUGUUGUUUUACAAACAAAGCUUACUCAUCUCAGCUCUGUCGGCCGGGUUUCCGCGAACCCGCACCUUUACUGCCGCCCAUGUCCAUAUGAAGACGUUAUUGGCUUGCGGGAAGCGUCCGAAAUGUAGUAAAUUGUGCCAGCGCGGAGCCCUGAGUCACACGCUAACGUAACGGGGUUGAUUGUCUGAUCGCCGCACAUUUGAAUGGACAGGGCGCGAGAAUACGCAACCCCGUAGGGCAGAGGGGAGAAAUCCGCUCCGAUGUUUUCUUUGUCUGAGAACCGAUCCGGGAGGUAAAUGAGGAAAUGUCGAUGGGCACGGGACCAGAGGCCGAAGUGUCCAGCCCUCCUGUGAAGGAAAAGGCCAGCAGGCACAGCAGUCUCGAUCAUCUCAAGAAGCAGCGGAUCGCCGAGAAGGCUGCGUACUUCGCCGAGAGGAAACGGGCAAGCACCUGCGCCGACUUUCGCACCCGCACAGACACCGGCGCCAUUCGGAACAGCUGCGUAGCGGAGGAGCAGUCCUCGGACUCCGAGGAGGCGUGCAGUUCCCCCUGUACCAGCAGCAGUGAGGAUGAGAUAUCAGACGACUGUGACAGUUACUCACCGACAGCCAAACAGAAAGUGAAGAAUCGCCGCUCGCGGUCUGAGCCCUGGCUACUGGAAGCUGAUCUGAAAGGCAGCCGGGGAUUCUACAACAUGGUGCGCAACAUGGGGGAGAAACCGAAAGUCUUUCACAAGGUUCCUCCCAAGCCACAGCUCCUGUCGUACCGUCGGCUGGACGACAGCGUGGUGCGACCUCAGCGACCCCACAGCAAAUCUCUUCCUGGUUCCCAUGAUGCCUUGCUGCAGAGGUCCAACCACAGGGCUCCCCCUGCCGUGCCUCCCAAGCCGACCAGGAAGAAGACUCCGCCAAAAGUUCCUGAAAAGCCUCGCGCGCUCAGCCGCUCGUUCAACGGGAGCUCCAAGAUCACAACAAGCGUCCAGAAUGGUCGAUCCGCCUCGGUGUCACCAAAGGUAAACCGUGGGCAGAUUUCUACUGCGCAGAGUAACGGCGGGAGUGUUUGCCGAGACCUGUGGACAGACAAGACAAGCGUGACCGCGGAGCCCGUGCUUCUUCGCUCCGCUGCAAAGUCACAGCAGAAGUGUGGCGACAACAUGGAACCUGGAACCUUCACGAAAGAAGGACUGUGGGAGAGGAAAGUGACCUCGGUGGUUGUAAACAAAGACGGCACCCUCUCCAAUGGGAAGCUCCUGGGCCCACAGCCUUAUGCAGGGCUGGAUAGACUGGCAGUAGAACCUGCAGACACAUGGCCAAAAAUGACGACUUCCUCUAAAGGCCGUGUGAAUGAACUGGCCAGGAUGUUUGAUGCCGGACAGACAAACACCCUCCCCAGAUCGGAACACACCGGCACAGAGAACAGCGCAAUCCGCACCUCCCCGAUGACCAAAGAGCGUAAGCGCAGCAGCUCGGACAGCGGGUACCCGCGGCUGAGCGAGGCGGACAGCACGCGCAGCACCAGCGUGGCCAGCACGGCCAGCUUCCUCAGCAGCGGGGAGGACUCUGAGGAGGAGGACAGCGCAGACGGAGACUCUACUCCGGAGGAGGAGGAACUUCAGGAGGAGGAGACAAGUGAAGGGUCUCAGAGGCUUGUUGCACGCGAACCAGAAGAGGAACCUCCAAGGUCGCCCAUCCACAAGGUCGCGUAUGAAAUGUUGACCUCUGAGAGGUCAUAUGUCUCAAAGCUCCACCUGCUGGACCAGGUGUUCUGUAAGAAGCUUGAGGAAGCAAACAUCCCGGCAGACGUUGUCCGCGGGAUUUUCUCCCACGUGAAGCCGAUUUACCAGUUCCACCACGACUUCCUGCUGCCUCAGCUGGAGGAUAGGAUGAAGGAAUGGGCUGAAGACAAGAAUAAGAAGAUUGGAGAUCUGAUGAAGAACUUCGCCCCCUUCCUGAAGCUGUACGGGGAGUACAUCAAGAACUUUGACGUGUCCAUGAACCUGGUCAACUCCUGGAUGGGCAAGCCUAAGUUUGCCGCUGUAGUAGAGGACAUACAGAUGACAGAAGAAUGUGGAAACCUGACCCUACAGCACCACAUGUUGGAGCCGGUACAGAGGGUGCCUCGCUACGAACUCCUGCUCAGGGACUACCUAAAGAAACUACCAGAAGACUCUGAAGACAGGCCAGACACAGAAAAGGCCCUUGAGUUGAUCUCCAAGGCAGCGCAACAUUCCAACGAGGCGAUGAAGAAGAUUGAGAAGUUCCACAAGCUGCUGGAGAUCCACGAGCAGCUGAACGGGGAGGUGGACGUGGUCAGCCCCACACGGGAGUUCCUGCUGGAGGGCAGGAUCACCAAGAUCUCAGCCAAGAACGGGGAACAUCAGGACAGAUACCUCUUCCUGUUUAACGACAUGCUGCUGUGCUGUAAUCCCAGUCUGGUGGGGAACAGGUUCAAGAUCAAGAGGAAAAUGGAUGUAGAUGGCAUGACGGUGAGCAAAGGCAACAACCCAAAGGAGGAUACAUUUGUGGUACAGGCCAGACAAUGGGCUCUGGAGCUGUAUGCAAGUACACAAGAAGAAAGAGAUGCAUGGCACAAGGCCAUUCAGGAUGCCAUAGAUCGUUUCCAGCUGAUCAAAGGGCAGAUCAAGAGAGAGGAUGACCAAAACUUACCAGAGGAGGUUUGUGCGAGUGAGUUGGGGAAGAGAGCGAUACUGUGGGUCAAGGAUAAUGAGGUGACGAUGUGCAUGAGAUGUUCCCAGGCCUUCAACGCCAUCAGUAGGAGAAGACACCACUGUAGGGCCUGCGGAUGGGUUGUGUGCCAUAAGUGUUCUAACUACCGAGCAAAGCUGGAGUACAGUGGGAAGAUGGAGAGGGUCUGUAAACACUGUCUUUUCAUCCUGAAGAGGGUUCGACAACCCAGCCUGGAGGAGGAGGAGAAAUCAAAAGGGGUUCUAGAGCUCCAUGCAGCAGAGGCAGGUGGUGAGAUGUCAGGUUACCUCCACAUGUUGGACAGUGACAGAAGACGGUGGAACAGACACUGGUUUGCCCUGUCUGCUGACGGGAUGGUUCUGUAUGUCUACAAGGCACAUCAGGAUGUGAAAGCAGAGUUCACCAUACCGUUGCCUGGUUACUCCAUAUCUGAGCUGGACCCUCUGGAGACGACCGACAGAGAACAUGUCUUCUCUCUCAGCCAGGCCACGCAGGUCUACAUGCUCGCAGCUGAUGACUCCAAGAAGAAAAACAGGUGGAUGGAAGUGUUGGACAGGUGUGUGAAGAUGUUACAAGACAAGUAGUGUCAGGAGGAGUCUUGCCAAGCAGGGAGUGGCCAUGGGAGCACCUUGCCAAAAAAGAGUUGUGUGUGCAAUGCCUGGAGAAAGGGAAUCGCAGUUGCAAGGGGUGGAAAAUUGCAGGCAAUCUUCCUUUUUAAGUUCAAUUUCAACACUCUGCAAGAGCAGAAAUUGAUCCUGAGAUUUCAGUAGUUAAGCCAGUGAAGAUUUUGUAAAAAAAAAUUCUUUUUAUUAAGUACUUACAAUGUGCAGUACAGAAAGAUUAUGGCAAGUAACAAACAAGUGGUGCAAUUGUACUGUGUUGGUGCGUGAUGCUUGGUGCCAUCUCUUCUCUCCAAGAACAGUUGAAACCUUCAAAAGUAUUAAGUCUUUGCUGGGAGCAAAAAUGACCGUCACAGUAGAGUUAGAAAGAAUGCAAAAAAAAAAGGUGGCGAAAACAAAGACAUUAUAAAAAAAAUAAAGAGGAAAAACAGGAAGGACAAAGUUUCAAUAUCAGUCUACCCAAGUGAGUAAAUAUUAGCUUUGCUUAAAAGAAUGUCUUAGAAAUGUCAAAGAAACUGAAAAGAAACAAAUGGUGGAAGCCUUAAACUAGGUUAAAGGAAGCAACAUUCAAAUUUUGAUAUAUUUGCUCCCAAUAAUUGCAAUCUGUUGCCAUUGACAACAUAAUGAUAUGUAAAUAAAUCCAUGUUGUAUACAAUAAUUAAAAAUGUCCGUACAAGAAAGUAUUUGUAGUUGCUGCUUGUACAUUGUUGCCAAUGCUUAGGUUAAUUUUGUAAGAAUUUGUGCUAAAGAUACAAAAUUGUAGCUUAUGAAAUAAAUGCUCAGUGGUUGCGUAAAAGCUGUUUCAGCUUUCUGUGAAAUUAUAAUGUAGCUUUGAUGGGUAAAUGAUUCCAUUGGACCCAGAGUCUGGUAUCUGCAACAAAUAUUUUAAGAAUGUAUAAAAUAAAGGCAAGUUAAAAAAUGAUCGGAGCCAAACCUUAUAUAUAUAUAAAUUACAAACAUUUCAUCGGUAAAUGCCACAGAUCUUUUUCAUACUAUUGAAAAAUGUGUGGAAAUGAACAAAAUUACAAUGUUGGUAUGUAAUAUGAUUAUAUCCUUUCCUCUUGGAUUUGGUUAUUUUUCUUCCAGAUCCUUUCAAAGAUCUAUUCCAAACUUAGCCUGUGUUACACACUACUAGUUCUCUCACGGCUGAGCUGAUUGGUCCUCCCUCUGAGGACCUGACCAAUAGGAGGGCCUGUUAGAAGCUAAGCUAUUCCACACAGGUACUAGCCAAAUGUCAUAUCACACCAGAGUUGCCUUCUGAUUUCCAUGGUCAUUCAAAUCAAAACAUUUCUUAUUGUCUUACUCAUUGUGAUAUUACAACAAGAAAAUGAGAGGAAAAUGUGUAUUAAGUAUAGUAUAUUAUGCACAUAUAUUGUAUAAUUGUAGUACAUAAUAUAUGGUCUCUAAAAUACACGGUAUGUGCUUGAUAUGUACUGUAUCAUACAUAGUAUACAGAUAUUUCUAUUGAAUAUAUACUGUAUAUAUACAUAUUACCGUCUCUUGAAAUUUUGCUGAUCUAUUCUCAGGGCUCCAUUUUGUUUUUUGCUUCCUUGUCUGUUUUCAAAUGAUUUGUGGAAUAUUUGCUUGCUUUCCAAAUCUUUUUGUUGCCAUUCCUUCAAAUAAAUAUUAGUCCAUUAAUUUUCCGUAUAUUAUUAAUUUCAAAUCUGUACGACACUUUCCAUCAGCAAAAAAAUGUAUUUUAGAUUAUUUUUUAACAUUAGUGUAAAGAAAGUUCAUAUUGAGGAAAAACAUAGGAAACCAGGCCUAUAAGCCUUUUGCAAAAUUUUUCUUCCUUUAUUUUACAGAUUCAAAACUUGCACAAGGUAAUGAAAUGAAAAACAAUUUUAGUCAGUAAACAUAUACUAUGAUAGUUAAAAAAGUUCAGAGCACUUGAAUUAUGCAUUAUAUACGGCUCUACAUAUACACAGACACCAAAAAUGUUUCAGAACUUAGCUUUUAUUUAAAUUUUUUUACGUCUGUUUUAGAUUUUAUUUGAUAUCACAACAUUCAUUAUUGAAUGAGCACAGGAAGCUGUAUGAUAUUGCAAUUUAUAUUGAAAGAUGCCUUGUUUGUACUUCAUAUAAAAAAAUCAACAAUAAACAGUUACUUGGUUCAUUAAUUUACAUGUAUCAUUACAUCUACCAGUGAAUUCCCCUAUUAGCACUACCCACUUUAUACACGUCAUUUACUGAUACAUGUAUCUGUAACAUAUCUGAAUGCAGACUGUACCAUGUGUGGUGGACCAGAUAAUCGUUUCCUCCAUGAGACACAAUAUGUUACAGACUUGUUAUGACUUCAAUCAUACAUGUAUAACCUGUAUCUCUUUAUAUUUUGCCAAACCCUUACCAGUUUCCUCAUCACCUCAAUAUAAAACGGCCGUGAAUAUGUCUAGUAAACAAAGGCCCAAACAAACAAACAAAAUUGCAUACAGUACAUUGUAGGACAGCAUAGCUGCCAUUUUUUAGCUUGUUUCAAUUAAGCUUGAUAUUCAGGUAGCACUCAAAUUGUACUAGAAAUUUGACUUAAUUUGUACAGCAAACUGCAUUACGCACACUAUAACCAAUACUGAUCAAAAUUGUUGCGCAUUGGCUGUUAACAUGUUGUAACAUUGUGUCCUAUCCAUUCACUGUGUAAUGUAUUGCAUCUGUGUAAUGUAAUGCAUCUUUUUCCAAUACAGUCAGCAAACUGAACACUGAAAUACAUCAAUUUUUAACUAAAUAUUUUACAUGCUCUAACAUUGUGCUCAUCUUUUCUAGUAACCAGCAAUAUCUACUUCAUUGUAUAGUUCCUCAAAAUUGCUGCAUUGUAGAUGCAAUCCUAGUGACAAUGUGAAUGAUACUAUAUGUAUCUAAAAUGUCUCAGUCUCAUGUGUACAAAGAAGAAGUCUUGCUCCAUCUUGUUACAUCCUAAUAUCAGUUAGUUGAAUGCAAGAUGUAUGAUUGUCCAGCUUUUAUGUCCACGCAAAGUGUUCUUCAUCAGAGAGGACUACAUAGAUGUACAUGUAGCUAUGUUAAACAGAUAUCAGCAAAGAAUUCAGGAGAACGUAAAAAUUUAGUGUGGGAAAAAGCCAUCCCAUGCUCCAUGCUGCAGUUAACAAGCCAUAUAUGCUGGGAAGGUGUACAAAUGUAUUUGCCAAAAGACAAUGUGAAUCACAGAAUAUGCCAAUAUCCUUGUUCCACUGUAGUUGUUUAAUGUGGAAAAUCCCACAUGUUCAUGUCUCUACAUGGCGACAAGCAGCAAUAAAGGCCUCCUGAACUUCC